AUGCAGAACCCCGCCAAAGACUUCAUCCCCCUGAUCCUCGAUCCCAUGCUCUCCACCGACCUCACCACACUCAACCGCACGGUCGACAACUAUAUCGCAGACGAUAUGGUGUUUCAUCAUCCCGCGUUUCAUGUCGAGGGGAAGGAGGAGGUUAGGAAACUGUAUACGACCUGGAGUUGGGCGAAUAGACGGUUUGGGGAGUUGAGGAUUAAUGCGUUUUGGUACGAUGAAGUGACGAACCGGGUCGUGACCGACAUCGAUUACCAACUCCAACCGACCUUCUUCCUCCCGACCGCCGAACCCCAACUCGCUCGCGUCAUCACCAUCUUCCACCUCCGCGCGGUCCCAACCUCAACCGGCGUCCUGCACUACCUAACCCGCCAAGAAGACUACUACCCAACCGACAGCAUCGUCGCCGCCUGCACACCGCAACCCUUCUCCCGCUUCUCAAAAUCUCUCGCAAACCUCAUCCUCCGCCUCGACGGCCUGUUCAUGAUCUACAUCCUCUCCCACGUGCUCUGGAUCGUGUCGGCCGUGCAUGAGGCGCUGGGGUGGAAGAAGAGCGAGUUGAGGGGCGUCAAGCAGAUUGUGGGCGUGGAUGGGAAGACGGAGAGUGUCCAGGAGAGGGAGAGGAUGUUGAGGCUGCUUGGGAGUGCGCCGAAGGCGGCUGGGGAUGGUGCGGCGCAGAGAAAGGCGAGGUUGGCGGUCGCUAAUGGCGCUGCGAGGCCGAAUGGGAUUUAA